AUGAUUCGUAUAGCGUGGUUCGUGUUCCGAGUUCCAUGUUUAUCACUACUAUUUCUACAAUUACUACAAGUGAUGGAGCUCCCAACCAUUGAGCAACUGAAUCUGCAGGCCAGUCCAUCUGAGAAUGAAGAAUGGGUGGAACGAUUCAAACUAUGGUGCAGCAUUCGUAAAGGUGGCGCCCAAAACCAAUCAGCUAUUCUCCUCACUGCCGGCAGUCGAGAUCUCUAUUUUGUGUUAAAGAAUUUGGCUUUUCCUGAUGCACCAGCUAAAUUACCGUACGAAGCCUUAAAAUCUGACGUCGUGUGCUUCCGAGGAAACGAUCUGAGGCCAUCAAACGGAACCAUGACGCAUAAGAUUAGUCAAGCCAUGGUUGGGAUCACAGACCUGACAGAUAUGACAGUUCACCGAGGCAACAUCGAUCAGAUUCACUUCAAUGAAACUCCUACAUCGAUUGAAGACCAUGCCGAAGAAACCCAAGGAAGCCCGCCCUGUAAUACGCCGUCAACAACCACAGAAGAUCAAAAGCAGCAGCCCCCUAUUCAAGGAACGUAUACCGACGAGAAUACCCCACUGACACUCCACCGACCAAUCAGAAGAGCAAGCCAAAUCGACGAAGCUCUUUUGAGGGAGGAGAGUUGUUGUGAUCUGGGCCUACGUGAUGACGCCUACCCUGAAGCGGCUCGUUACAGUUUCUGGACAACUGCGAUCAAUCAAAUUUAA